GGACCAAUCUCCACCAACUUAUGAAAGAGAUGCGGGCCUUAACCAGAUUCUACUCGUUGAGAAUUUCUCACGAAUUUUGUACGCUUUCAGCGGCCAAACUUACCUCAAAGAUUGAUACUUGCCUACGCAACAAUAACAUUGAUAAAGCUCGUAAGCUGUUCGACGAAAACCCCGCGUCGUGGAGCUGUGUUCCUUGGAACAUGAUGAUGAAGCGCUACAUUCAGCAUGAUCAAUUUCAUCUUGCCAAGAAUCUGUUCGACGAAAUGCCCGUUAAAAAUGUCGUUUCGUGGAAUAUCAUGUUAUCUGGAUUUCGAAAAAAUGGAAACAUCCGUGGUUUAUGCCAUAGUUUCUUGCAAAUGGGACGAGUAGGUGUAGCACCCGAUGGCUACACCAUAUCCAUAUUACUCGGAGCAGUUGUGAAUACUGAUUUCGAUGUUUUGGUCCAGCAGAUUCACGGUCGAGCAGUUCAUACGGCACUUAACUUGAAUAUGAUUGUUGGAUCUGCUUUACUCACCGCAUAUGCGAGUCUAGGAGAGGAGAAGGCUUUGGGUGGAGUGUUCGAUGAGUUGCCGACGAAAGAUGUUACAUCUUGGAACAUUUUACUUUCUGGGUACCUGGAAACUGGGAGCUUCGCUGAUGCUCAAAGAACUUCCGAUUUGAUGCCUGAAAAAAAUACCCGGAACAAACAAAUUGAAAAAGCACGAUCCAUAUUCAAUGCUAUGAAGGAGAGAAAUGUGGUGACAUGGACAACGAUGAUCAGGGGGUACGUGCAAAACAUGAGAUCUCUGGAAGCAAUAGAACUGUUCAUUCUGAUGUUAAACUCAGAGUGUCGCCCCAACCAUUUCACAUUUUCAUGUGUGUUAAACGCAUGUGCAGAUUGUUCCUCUCUUCUCAUGGGCCAGCAAGUUCAUCAGAGUUUCAUCAAAUCUGGCACACCAGAAGAUAUCAUCGCAUCAACCUCACUACUUGACAUGUAUGCAAAAUGUGGGGAUAUGGAUGCAGCCUUUUGUGUGUUUGAGUCAAUUCCAAGGAAGAAUUUGGUGUCAUGGAAUUCGAUAAUAUGUGGCUACGCUAGGCAUGGACUUGCAAACCCAGCACUCAGAGAAUUUAAUAGGAUGAUAGAGGCUGGUCUUACGCCCAGCAAAAUCACAUGUGCAAAUGUGUUAACGGCAUGUGCUCAAGCAGGUCUGGUUGAAGAAGAUGAGAACCACUUGAUUGCUAUGCAGAGAAACUAUGGAAUUGAAACAGAGAUGGAGCACUAGUAUGGUGGAUCUGUAUGGAAGGGCUGGGCAAUUAGAAAAAGCACAAGAGAUCAUAAAAUUUCUCGAGUGUAUUACCAAAGAAAAAUAAAAUAAAAUUUCUUCAGCGGUGCAUGUCAGGAAAUUUAGGGCCUUGAACAAAAAUUAC